AGAUAAUCUGUAUUCAAAUCAAUGAUUGUAAAAUUGUAUCGAAUGUUGUAUCGGAAAAAUCAACAGUAAAGUAUUUUAUGCCAAAACUGUGAUUUAUUCGUGGUUCAACAAUUUUGUAUCGCUCAAAUCACCUAUCAUUUUGAUUCGCGGUAUCCAGUAUUUCCCGCCGGAGCUCCCCAUUAUUAUACAAUAAAGUUUCCUAAACCUUGCUUCCAAUCAUAGCAACCCACACGGAACCAUACACAUUACACACCCUGACUCAUAAACUACACGUACGCCUACGCUCCCUCGAUGUGUAUAUAAAUGGUGGAAGCAGGCAGCUGCCACCCUAAAAAAGCAGCAGCAGAGUACCUCUGUAAGGAGAGAGAGCAGAGAUCAUGACUCCUCCAAAGGAAACCACCAAGCCUCACCCAGAUUCCGACGAGUUCGAGUUCGGCCGCUUCCCGCCAGACUCACCCACCGGGCAGAGCACCGAUCAAUCCUCCUCACCGGCCGAUCACCUCUUCUCCAACGGCCGCCUCCUCCCUCAUUCCUUCCCACUACCAAUGCUUGUCCACAAUAACAAGAAGGAAUUUUUUCUCUCCCCGCCAUCUGAUCUCUCCCUCUUGUCCUCCAGAAGCAACAGUGUGAGCAGCAGCAGCAGUGUCACUACCGCCAGGUCAUCAUUAUCCACGUCAUCGUCGUCGUCAUCAUCGGAUCACAACAGGAGACUGGUGUCAUCUUCGAAACUUGCCGGCCGGAAACAGAGUACUACUGCUACUACAAGUACUCCGGUGGCGAGCAAAGUGGUGAUGGCCCAGCUCUACGGCGAUUCGUCCCAGAGGUGGCAGCAUCUUGUGCCACCGUUGAGGAGCCGCAGCGGUAGGGUUGUUGGGAAAGGAGGGAAAUCCCCGCCGGCGAGGAAGAAGAAGCAGCCGGCUGGCAGCAGUGGUGGCGGUGGUGAUGGGUUCUGCCGGAGACUUCUGCGGUGGUUGUUAGUGGCGUGUAGGGAAUGCCAUGCUCUGGAACCUUCACCGUCACGUAGUUGAAGAAAUUUGUUGUUUACUUGUUUUAAUGUCGCUGUGGUGGUGGCGGUUUCUUUCAGUUGGGAGAACUUGUAAACAGAGUUACCUCUGAUUGAGAAGGUUUUUGGCUUUUGUGUUGUGAUCUGAUUGUAAAACAAAGGGGAAACAAAUACAAUUUGCUUUUGAUUUUUCUUUACCCCUCAAGUUGAUGUGGGAAGUUUGCCAGUGGUUGCUUUAGAAUGAAGUAACUAAAACGAUUAGUUUCAA